AUGGUGGACGUCGCGGUAGUUAUUCUCCGUGUGGUGGCGGAGAUCCAUGAUGUGGCAGAAGGCAUCAACGAGAACCAUCGGCAAGCUCGCCGACUGCUCAAGAGAGCAAUGGCCAUCGAGACUCCCGUGCUCGCCGUCCACAAUGGCACAAUAUUGUCUUCGUCCGAGUCACUGCGCCAGCUCUCAGCGACCGUGGAGAAUAUCCGGAACUUUUUGGAGGGAUAUGCGCGAACGACGAAACUCAAUCGCGCCCUGAAGCGAAAAUCGAACGCUGCCAAAUUCACGCAACUCGGCGUCAACCUCACCGAGGGGAUGCACGCCCUUCAACUAGACGUUGCCGUGGACGCGUGGGCGAACGAAGAUGCAUCGGACCGCCUAGAAGACCUCGAAAAUAUGGUGGACAUGAUGGAAAUAAUGGAGCGCAACCGAACGGAGAACCACGCAGAGGUUAUGGAUGUCUUGAAGACACUCCGGAACGAUGAGCGGUCGGAGCUAACCGGGUGGAUCGAAAUCGACUACGAGCAAGACCUGGAUUUCGACGGCAGCACCUUGCUAGGUUCGGGGGGCUUUGGCGAAGUGCGCACGGCGAAGUGGAAUGGGGCGGAUGUAGCGGUGAAGCAUCUCCUGGCGAGCGGCAUUCAGCGCGACUGUGUCCGCGACCUCAGAAAGGAGAUCCGCCUUCACUCCAGCCUCUCCUUCGACUUCGUGGCCCCGCUUUACGCGGCUUCUACCAUCGCUCCCCACCUCUGCCUGGUCGUUGAGCUCGCUAGCGGGGGCUCGCUGCAACAAUACCUGCACUCGGCGAGCGAACCUCUUGCACAUGCGCUACAGACGGCGUUCCUGUACGACGUUGCCAGAGGCAUGGCGUUCUUGCACGUCAAGGGUAUCCUGCAUCGAGACCUCAAAUCUGCGAACGUCCUCAUGUUCGCAAACGGGCGCCUGAAGCUCUGCGACUUCGGGUUGUCCAAGGUCAAGACCGACCUCUCAAGCAGGUCGACAAGGGGGGCUGUCGGCACCACCCAAUGGAUGUCUCCGGAAGAGAUGGACGAGAGCCCUGCGAAUGAGCUGACGGAUGUGUACAGUUUUGGUGUCCUUUGCUUCGAGGUAGUCACCCGGACAGAGCCGUUCAAGGGAAAGAGACCUGCCCACGUGAUCGGGGCGGUGCUCUAUAGGAACGAGCGACCUCACAUUCCAGAAGAGGCAUCUGCCUCGCCAGACGUUGUGCCUCUGAUGGAGCAAUGCUGGAGGCAAGACCCUGUGGAGCGCCCCGAGGGAUUUGGGCCCGUGGUUCGAGCGCUGGCGAGCGUGGUGUCGCGUUUUGGAGACCCUCGCAAUCACAACGCCGCUGCCGCAGAUGUUACCUCUUCACGAGGUGUAAAACUUGGUGGUACAGCACCACCUACGGCUAGUAGCGGCGUUGAUGCGGCAUCAGGUUGGUCUGGCGCGGCUUCCCAAUCGACCGGAGCCGAUCCUUGGGCCUCUCCUGAUCAAAUCAAUCAGCUUCCGCCCGCUGAGCCCCCUAGUGGCAGAGAUGAUUCUACGCUCGAGGGGGGUGUUGCUCGGCGUGCUGCUAAGGAGACGGUGGUUCCAGACUCCGGGAAGGUAUAUGCGCCCUUUGCCUACCUGCCGAUCGCGAGUACGGACCUCCCUCCGUCUGGUGGAGGUACCAGUGGCCAAUUCAAGAAUCCCACCAAGAUGUUCGGCCAAAAGCUCAGAACAGAGAACAAGCACGCGGGAAAAAGGCGAAUACCAGAGCCCCCACUGGCUGGUGGCAAGGUGUACGAUCUGGACGACCUGGCGGUCGCAAAGGACCUGUGCAACCAGGCGGUCGGGUUGAGCCAACAGGGCAAGUAUGAGGAAGCCGAACCUCUGUCGGAACGCUCCCUCGCCAUCUGCGAGAAGUCUCUUGGCCCUGAUCACCCUGAUGUGGCGACAGCGCUCAACAGUCGGGCGAUUUUGUUGAUGAACCAGGGCAAGUAUGAGGAAGCCGGACCUCUGUUGGAACGCUCCCUCGCCAUCCGCGAGAAGUCUCUUGGCCCUAAUCACCCUGAUGUGGCAACGGCGCUCAACAACCGGGGAGAGUUAUUGAUGAGCCAGGGCAAGUAUGAGGAAGCCGGGCCCCUGGUGGAACGCGCCCUCGCCAUCCGCGAGAAGUCUCUUGGCCCUAUUCACCCUCUUGUUGCGACAGCGCUCAACAGCCGAGCGAAUUUGUUGAUGAACCAGGCGAAUUUGUUGAUGAACCAGGGCAAGUAUAUGGAAACCGGACCUCUGUUUGAGCGCUCCCUCGUCAUCCUCGAGAAGUAUCUUGGCCCUGAUCACCCUCAUGUGGCGACAACGCUCAACUACCGGGCGAAUUCGUUGGUGGACCAGGGCAAGUAUGAGGAAGCCGGACCUCUGUUUGAACGCUCCCUCGCCAUUCGCGAGAAGUCUCUUGGCCCCGAGCACCCUGAUGUGGCGACAGCGUUCCACGACCGGGCGAAGUUGUUGAUGUUCCAGGACAAGUGCACGGAGGCAGUGCCACCAUUGGAGAGGGCCCUCAGUAUCCGUACGGAGAAGCUCGGAGGAAAUCACCAAGACACGGUCAACACUCGGGACUUUCUGGAACGUGUGCGAGAGAAGGUCUGAAGACCGAGAUCGAAGAAGCCGCUCGGGAUAGCGGUCACUGAAACGCGACAAGCAAGACAGGGUGCAAAGCUCCCACGGGGAAAUUGCACCAAGGGCAACGGUACGUCGCAUAUCUUGCCCACGUGCACGGCGACUGCGGUGUAGAAUAAAUGUUGCAAUUCGUUGUUGAUACUGACAUCGGCACGUCGUGUUGUCACACCAAGCUCGAUUUAAAGACAGCUUUGCCACCCAACGGAUGUUCACAGUCUGGGUCAACACCCAGCCCCUAAGUGUUUGACUCUCGCUUGGUUCGUGGGAUGGCCCACGCACAACCAUUCCGUUCAACGCUGUAUCCGUCAACGUAGAGGUGUGUGA